AUGACAGAUAAUAAAAAUAUAUUCGAAUUUCCUGAAGAUAAAGAAGUUGUACAUUUGAAGUUAUCCGAUUAUGACACACAUUUUACUGAAAAUGGUGGAAGUACAAGAUCUUCAAGAACAAAUGUACACAGUCCAGAAAGUCAACCGAUUUGUGUCCGAUUUUAUGCAUCAGUUUUUGGCCUAGUCUUAUUUGCGGUUUCACUGUAAGAUCUUCCUAAUUUCAAUAAGUCUCGUGAAAGUAGAUUUUAAGGAUGUUUUGUUCUGGAAUUCGGAGUAUCGCAGGUUCAAUUCUGUGUAUAAUUAUACUGUUUGUUUUUCAUGAAUGGAAUCGAUUAUAUGGAAUGGUUUUGACUAAAACACCAAGAGCUUCGAUAAAUUAUGCAAGUGUUCUUCGAGAACAAAAAGAGUUUAUUCCGAUGUAUAAUUUGGAAUGGUUAUUUGGCAAAAGAUAUGAGCCAUACUAUUUUGGAUGCACUGGACCAGCUAUAAAUGGUGAUAAUUGUCGUACUCCUGAUAAUGAAGAAUCUCAUUCACCGGUUAAGAAACGAAGUUCAAAUGAUAUUCUUCGCAAAAAACCGUGA